AUGCAGCAAGACGACGGUUUUCAAGAAACCGUUUUUUAUGAAUGGAUGAAUAGAAUAUCUAAACUUCGAGACAAAAAAAAACGACCCAUUGACUACAUCUUUGAACAAGUGCCUUCAAAAGAUGAUUAUCCAGACUACUACCAAAUCAUUCAGCACCCCAUCUCGCUAGAGAUGAUGCGUGAAAAAGCGAAAAAAGGCGUCUACAGGUCAUUAGCAGAUCCGCUAGACGAUCUCGCUUUGAUGGUCAAAAACGCAAAACACUACAACAUGCCGGGAAGCUAUGUUUAUGUGUGUGCAGAAUACAUCGAGAAAGCUGCUCUUGACUUUCAACGGGAAUGGCUUGACAUGUCUCAAAGGGCCCUGGCUAGCGAAACGUUAAAACAACCUAUUUUAACAGUGCUUCAUGCGUUAAAGGAGUUCAAACACAAGGAUGGGCACUUAAUUGCAGCUGCAUUUCUUGAACUUCCUGAUCAAUACACGUAUCCUGAUUACUACCAAACUAUUCUGCAACCCAUUUCACUCAGAAUCAUAGAAACAAAACUUGCAACGGGUCAGUACACAUCUUUUGCUGAUGUUCGUCGUGACAUUGAUCUUAUGGUUAAUAAUGCGAAAACGUACAAUCAACCAGGAAGUCUCAUUUAUAAUGAUGCUUUAAGUCUGCAUGAAGUUGCGAUGUCAUUAAUUACCCAAAUGGAGGCUGCAACAGUAGCGUCAGCACGAAACUCUCCAUUUGCAUUGGCUUCCAAGCCAGUUGGGAAAUUUUCUCAGUCUCCCGUUGCUUCAGACAGUUUUAUUUCUGCGCAACAGCAGCACCUCUUGAUGUCGCCGGAGGAGAAACCUACUCCUACACACUCGCUAUUUUUCCAAGACACGGUAUCACAAGCCUUAUCGUCGUCGUCCGCGUCUUCUCCUCUUCCGUCUGCCCUUCUGUCGUUGAAACAGGCCAACCGUCAAGCUUUGGCUGUCACAUCGGCUAUGCCUUCCCUUUACAAAAGCAAUUCCUCUUCCACCUUAACACAACAGUCCUUAUCCUUUCCUUCCGUUCCCACGUCAUCGGACUCGCCAUCCUUACUUGCCAUUGAUCUUUGUUCUCCAACACAUUUGUCUCUUUCACACCCUCUUCGACUUCGUAUUCCGCAGCCGUUGCAUAAUGCAGCCGAGGUUUCAACUAUCUCGCUUCAUCAGCAGCACUACUUUCUGUAUCUUGUAUUACUUUUGAAUCCUGUUUUACUCCUUAAACCUUACAAUGUCAGCGUGAUGCUGAAUGGCAGACAGCUGAGUCCUAGUGUGUCUUCUCCUGCGGCAGCUCUGUACGUCGGUGACUCCGGUUUAGGGGACGAGCCCAUCAAGUCUUGCUACGAAAUACGUUUGUCGAUAGGUUUGAAUUGUUUAGAGGUCAUUUUAUCUACAGGAAACCCCAAUGACCCCGCCUAUGCAUUGACAGCAGAUAGUAAUUCCGGAAAAAAAGAACGUUUUGUGCUGUUAGCAUCUGUACAGCCAUAG